GCACGGCCAACUCAAACAGCAGAUUUACCAUGCAGCGCCUUUAAGGCUAAGCAGUGAAUGAAUGCAUCUCAGGAAAAACUACAAGUCCCAUUCUGCAACCUGGUUGGUGUAUGACGCCAUGAUCUCUGCAGCUCGUUUGUGUUGGCUUUUUGCGAAGCGAGAAACGACGCGGAGACGUCUGGGCUAAAGAAACCAACAUAGUCUUCUGCAGGGAAUUCGUUUUACAGACAUGGUUGAACCUCCAGUCGUGGCAGGAACCAAGUCGGUCAUGGAGCGCUUGACACAGCCAGUGGAGACAGUUGAACAAACAGUAGAAGUUGAGGAACAACCAAUACUUACAGGUGAACAAUACAUGGAAACUGAUGAACAAUACAUGGAAACUGAGGAACAACCAAUGGAGACAGGGUUACAACCAGUGGCAACUGAAGAACAACCAAUGAGUGAACUGCUACCUGUCACAGAAGAGGCUUUGGAGUGUGUCUCAGACCCCACUGCUUCUACGGAGAUAAUUCUUGAACUAUCCGCUGUUCCUCUAGAGUCUGCUGCUCCUGAAGAGUCGGAACUGGGCCAACCUGAGGGUGCACAGAAGGAGACCCAUGUGAAUGACGUGACCGCUGGUGACAGAAAAAAUAUUCCCCCCAAGAAGAACAGAAUGGAGCCACUCAAGAUGGACAUGUCUAGGCRACCAAAAAUGGUGACGCCUCUCACAUCUUCCCAGAUCUCUCUGCAGUGCCUGGAGUGUCACAUCAUCUUCAGCGACCACAAGAGCAAAGAGCGCCACCUCAAGCAGAGUCACCCGGCAGAGUACGAGCAAUGCAUGCUGGGGGAUGCCCUGUUUGCCUGCUACGUCUGUGACCGCCAAUUCACCAACUCCAGUGACCUCAUGCUUCAUCAGCGUGCACACACGGAAAAGACGCCCUUCAAGUGCCCCAUCUGUGGUGAGGCCUUCAGCCGUUCCUCUGAGCUCACCCUCCAUAAGAAGCUUCACUUCGGCCUGUACGGAUACACCUGCUCAGACUGUGGAAAACCCUGCAAGACACUCACCUUACUGAAGUAUCACCGCCGCACGCACACAGGGGAGAGGCCCUAUGCGUGUAAGGAGUGUGGCAAGAGGUUUAGCAUGUCCAAGGCCCUCCAGAAACACGCACUAGCGCAUUCGCCGGAAGGAAUGAAAGGAGAAGUUGGAGGGAUCACACCACCGACCAAGGCACAGCUAAAGAAGAAUAGUGGCACUGCAGUGGGAAAAUUUUCCUGCUCUGUGUGCAAGGCAACCUUCAAGACUGCCAAGACACGGCUGCAUCACAUGAAACACAAGCACAACCUGUGUGUUACAGCAUCCAGCAGCAGCAGCACCACACUAGCUGGCCAACAGGUGAAGCCAGGUCAGCCUAUCAUAACCCAGGUUCCUAUGGGCCAGCCAACCUUUCUCCACAUGGAACCCCUUGGGCCCUUCCAGCAGGUGGACAACAUAGACACUGAACAAAUCCGGAAACUAAUAGAGUCUUUGGGGAACGUGCGCAAAGUGAACCAGGUGGUGAUACUGGGACAGGUGCCGCCACACGGUCAACCUUUGGCUCUACAGCGGCUACAGGGAAAGAGAGAGCAUUUGCAAUUCCGUUUUACUCAACCACAGUUUAUAGAGCUGAAAAAGAUUGGGGGUGGAGAGACWAAGUCAAUGGGACUGGAACAGGCAAAGCCACAAUGUGAAUCACUGGAACCAAURAUUACAUUGGAACCUGUAAUAUCAGAUGGACAAAUGGAGACCCCAUUACUMUCACACACACAGGAAGUUACAUACGCUGAGCAUGCUGGAUUAACACAAACACAUGAAGGAGAGAUGAUUCCUCAGCAGUUACUUGGACAGACUGGUCAGACAGUUGAAGAAGAGAACACUAUGAUUCAGACUGUAUCAGUGGAACAGGUGUUCUGUCACAGUGAAACAGUUGAGCUCGGGAAAACAACUGAACAAAGUCAAACAGUUGUGUUCGAAGUCACUCCCUCACUGAUACCAACUCUGGAAUUGGAACAGACUCAAACCGAUCAACAAGGACUUAUGUCUGCUUCCUCGCUACCAACAUUUCUAUUUGAACGGACUUCUGGACAGAAUCAAAGGGUUCAGGAGGGAAAUAUCUCUGUCCCGUCGCUCAUACCAACAGUUGAGUUAAAGCUGACGCCAUUUAAAACUGAUCAGCAGGAAGAACUCUCCACUUCCUCAUUGGUACCAACAGUUAAGUUUGCACAAACUCCUCCUGGACAAACAACCCAGGUAGGAGAAACAGCCACACAGAUGGAAACAUUACAGUUGGAUCAGAUCUAUUCCAGUAUUGGACAGACACAACAGAUAGGAAUAGGACAGCGAAGAUCAGUUGAGAAACCUCUUCUAGAAAACACAGAGAAUGAGCAGCAGCACAUUUUGGAAAAGCCUUAUGAAGGAAAGAAACAGACGGCACAAGAGCAGUUGCAGACACUGAUAGAUAAGUCUGCUURUAACAAAGCACUAAACAGCAGAGAGAUGCCUCGCACUCAGACGUCAGAAAUAUUCCCUCCGCCGUCAGAGACAAAGAAGGCGCCACAGAGUUCACAACUGCCUGUGCAUUUGAUGUCAGUACAAGAAUUUGUAAAAGUGAGGAAGAGGAAGCAGCCGAAGAACUCUAUAAUGCAAGGAAAUAUGCAACCGCAGACGGUUGAGUUGGAAGGGGAGCCUGCCAAACGACCAAGAGCAACGAAAGCUCGUCUUGUUGUMAAGUUUGGUCCUAAAGAGAAAGAAAAGCUUAAAAACCAGAAGAAGCUUACACAACCAUCUAAGCUGCUUCAGAAAGGAGACCCGAUUCAGGAUAUGAACCAAAUGUCUCUCACAACUCUACCUGAAAAGAAAUUGUUCUUAAAGGUUGGUAAAGAAAAAAAGGUCAAGAAGAAAAACUAUAUUUCCAAGUCAAAAAUCAAAUCCCCAACUAUAUUGUGUGACCCACAUGUGCAGCAAGUCUUGCAGGUAGACGAGCAGGUUCAGCAAGUGAAGCCGAGGAAGAAGAAAGUAAAAAAGCAAAGCUAUGUAAUUAGUGAGACUUUUGAGCAGAUUAGAGCUGAACCGAUUAGCGAGCAAGAGGUGAUCACUCCACCCAAGCCAAAAAAGAAAAAGCAGGAGAAGAUACAGCAGGAGGACCAGUCUAAGAAAACAAAGGGGCAAAAGCUGUCAAAAACGGGGAGAAAGAAAAAUAAACCUAAUGUGGAAACAAGCCCAAUAUCAGAAGAUAUGCCCGGCCCUGAAAUAAAGCAACAGUCCCUACUCCUACUGAAGGGUCACAAACAGCCCCAAUUGAAAGUUUACAAAUUAGAUGCCUCAAAAGCCCCCCAAGGUCAAACAGAUCUCCACCAAGACACCCAUCCCAUCCAUAAGAAGAAAGGGCCAAAAAGCAAACAACUAAAAAUGCUAGCUGCUGGAGGGGGAAGAAAAGUAGGGAGACCCAAAAAGAACCACACAGCACUCUCUGUGUUGGCUCCUUUAAAGACUACGUCUCAUUCUUCUGACACAUCUCCGACCAAGCCAAAGACCAGCAGGAAACGUAAGGGCCAAAAAGUGGAGACAGAGGGGAUCAUCAGUGGCUCUCAUUCCCGGCGAGCCCUUGAAUGUAAGGACUGUGGAGAGAGAUUCUCUGACGUCUCGUCCCUCCAGGAGCACAAGGCAGCCCUGCAUGCAGUGGAGAGCCCUGGUCUCACCUACACUAACGGCAACAUCUUUGAGGGCGUUUCUAGGUCAGAUCUAGGCCAGCCUCCACUAAAUGUGACUGAAGAGGUCAUUGAAAAUUCAUUGCGUCAAAACACGUUUGGAAUGCAGGUAGCAUCUGACUGGGAUAUGGAGGUGGAGAUGAGAGAGAUAGGGUUGGGAGAAAGAGGGGAGCGAGUCUCUUUCCCAGCCCUAAACCCUUCCCCCUCUCUGCCUCUGGCUGCUGCGCUUGUUGAAGGUGGACAGAAGGAAAGGGAGAAGAACAUGGAUAAAACRMCAGAGGGGAUGGAAUCAUUUUCUCAUAUGGCCCCAAAUUCAAAUCAAUCUUGCACCCCUCCACAAGUUCAAUUCKCUUAUCUGGCCAAAUCUGACAAGGUCCAACCCCUUCUGUUCGAGAGUCUUUCGCCUCCUCACCUCACUCCCAUAGCCCCCCUUCACAGUUGUCACCAAACGGAGGACACUAAGUCAGAGAGUCAGGGCAAUAUGAAUGAAACUGCUGAUGCUCUCAUACCUACUGUUUCUGGAUUUGAGCACCUAGGGCCUAUUGAGGAUGAAAUUAAAAAGGAGUUACUACUUGAGGUGGAUUUGGUCACUGUUGGGGAUGGGGACCAAAAUGAGGGGGAACACCAGAGCUCACCUCAUGAAGACAGUUCACCAAAUGAGGGAUCCAGCCUUCAUGAAAACAACCGCACUCAUGCACUACCUGCAAAAGCUCCGAUUGGAAAUGUGAAUAGAACUGUAACAACACAAAAUGUACAGACCGAAUCCUGCCCCUCUGACCCGCUGGAGAUCAAGCAAGAAGAGGAGGAGAUUAUGGUGCAGAGGAGAGAAGUGGAAAAGAGGGGAGUGGGAAGAAAGAAUUACACCAGAGGCAGGAGAAGAGGAGUUGGACGUGGGAGGAGYGGUUCAGCCACAAYGAAGYGUCUAGYAGGAGAGGGCAUGAGAGAAAUGGAACCAGAGAAAGAAAUUGAUGAAUGUCAGGUAGUCUACCAGCUGUAUUCACUCAAUAAUGAUACUGAAAUCAAGGAUGAAGCAGACGUCACUACUCUCCAUCCUGGUCAGUCAUCUCCCAUCAGUCUACAGACCGAGAUCAGAUCUAUCUCUGAGCAAAACAUGCUAACAGCUCCAUGUCCAUCUGGAUCCUUCAUCUCACCGCUUGAGGAGGACCCUGAGGACCAGGUAGUGUUUGAGCUAGAGUCAGUCACCACCAGUGUAGUGGAGGUGUUGAAGACCGAAGAUGGGAUGGUGAUGAAGGGAGUAGCAGGGGACCAGGACGACAGAGACACUGGCCAAUCCCCAGGCAUCAUACUGGAGAGGUUCCUCACCUCAAGGCAGAGAGAGGCAGCAGUGGGGGAGAAUGGAYUGGUGCUCAUGGCAGACUUGAGAGGUCAYGAGGUCAAGGUGGAGGAGAACAKCUCWGAUUUGGUUCCUGUGCCACACAACUCUCAUGCCAGACACACAGUGGAGCAGAGGGGGGUCAGGAUGUAUCUGGUGAAGCAGGAAAACAACCUGGUUUUGAAUGARCCCCAGGUUAGUCAAGGUCAAUCSCAAUUGAAUGUGGAGCACAGCAGUACCAGGCAGUGCAUAUUCUACCCAGUGAAGGAGGAGAGGGAGCUUCUGGAGGAGCCAUCUCAAAGUGAGCAGGGGGUACCAGCGCUGGUGGAGCCUGGAGAGGCCAUACUCAACCAUACAGUGGAGACUCUAUCCACUACCAACCCUGCAGUAGAGGAGUAUGAGGUGAACAGGAGCACAGCAAAGUUUGGAUCUGAGAUUAAUGAGUAUGGAGAAGGUAAUAUCUCAACAUGAGUCAUGUGUUMUAGCAAUGUARAUUUUCA